CUUACCUCCUACUAUAAAAAGUAAAUGAUCUUUUUGUAUAAGAUAUACGUAUAUGAGUAAAAUAAAUAUUAAAAAACAAACCCUUUAUUAUUGAUUAGGACCUUCGGACCUCUUUAAGGAUUUUGUAAGGGAUGAAAGCUUGUGAUAAGGACCCUUUAACCUCUUUAAUGAUUUAGCAAGGGUUGAAAGUUUGUGAUUGACCUCUAUUAACAGUUGGAGCCACGAAGUUGAUUAUAAAAAAUAUGCUUGACAGCGAGGUCUAGAUCAUCCACCUCGAGUCGAUGAUCCCAAAACUAAACUAAACAAACUCAUUUGCAGGCUUAGUCGAGAAUUAAACUAAAGAAAAUAAUUAAACCAGAGAAACUCAUUUGCAGGCUUAGUGGAGAAUUAAACUAAAGAAAAUAAUUAAACUAGAGAAACUCAUUUGCAGGCUUAGUGGAGAAUUAAACUAAAGAAAAUAAUUAAACUAAAGAAACUCAUUUGCAGGCUUAGUGGAGAAUUAAACUAAAGAAAAUCAUUUGCAGGCUUCCUGGAGAAUUGCCUUAUGAUCCUGUCGCACUCCUCUUCCAGCAAGAAAAGUAGAGAGAGAGAGAGAGAGAUCAUUUUCCGGCUCCUCUACCAACAAAAGAAAAGUAGACAGAGAUGACGAGGGAAGAGACUGUGUGUGUGACCGGAGGUAUCGGGUUCAUUGGGUCAACCCUCGUUCGCCUCCUUCUCGACCGAGGCUAUACUGUUCGAGCCACUGUACAAGACCUCAAAAACGAAAAGGAAACGAAGCACCUGCAAGGAUUAGAAGGUGCGGAAAGCAGGCUGAGCCUCUUCCAAGUGGACCUUCUCAACUAUGACUCUCUCUUUGCCGCCAUUGACGGCGCCGUCGGUGUCUUCCAUCUCGCUUCCCCCUGCAUUGUGGAUCAAAUCCGCGACCCCAAGAGGGAGCUUCUGGAGCCUGCAGUGGAGGGCACGCUUAAUGCCCUUCGGGCAUGUAAGGCAGCAGGAGUUAAGCGAGUGGUGGUCACAUCCUCCAACUGUGCAAUCGUCCCCAGCCCUAAUUAUCCUGAUGAUGCCAUCAAAAAUGAGGAUUGCUGGACCGAUCUCGACUACUGCAAGCAAAAUGGGAUCUGGUAUCCAGCUUCAAAAACAUUGGCUGAGAAGGCAGCGUGGGAUUUUGCAAAGGAGGAGGGGUUGGAUGUGGUGGUCAUAAAUCCAGGAGCAGUGUUUGGCCCAAUUUUACCACCCACCAUCGAUGCUAGCUUGACCAUGCUCCUUCGCCUCCUUCAAGGUUGUACCGAAGGUUAUAAAGAUCUUUUUAUGGGUGCUGUACAUGUUAAUGAUGUGGCAUUAGGGCAUAUCCUGUUAUAUGAGAAUCCAUCAGCUUCAGGAAGGAACUUGUGUAUUGAGUCCAUUUGUCACUGGAGUGACUUUGCUGUUGCAGUUGCUAAACUCUACCCAGGAUACAAAGUGCCUAGGUUCACGGAAGUUACUCAAUUUGGGUUCUUGAGGGCACAAAAACCAUCAAAAAAGCUGAUUGACUUGGGCCUCAACUUCAUCCCAAUGGAGGAGAUAAUUAAGGAUGCAGUGUCUAGUUUACAAGACAAAGGAUACCUGUCUUGAAGAGGUUCUUGUGGUAAAACGCUCCCAGAUAUGGCCCUUAAUAUCAUUAGAGGUUGUUUAAUUAGAAGUUGGAACAGUGUCUUCAUGUCUCUGUUUGUAGUUGUCCUUUCCUUAUAACUUGUUCCGAUAGCCCAAGGGGACAGUAGAAACCAAUUGAAAUGGGUCGAUGACGACUGUUAAACCCAAGUGAACUCCUUUCUUGAAGGAAACAUGUGUAUGUAAUU